UCUUGCACAUAAAUACUAUACACUGACCCAAACACUAUGGCAGCUUCACAAGUCACAACACACUAGCAAGAAGAGUGCCAGCAAGCUGAUGGCCACAUUUCCAGCCACAAUUCUCCUGCUCCUCGCGUUGCCUCCGCCGGCGGCCGUGGCGCUCACCGCCGAGGGCCUGGCGCUGCUGGCGUUCAAGGCUGCGGUGACCGACGACCCCUACUCGGCGCUCUCGAGGUGGUCCGAGUCCGAGGCCGACCCGUGCCGGUGGCCGGGGGUCUCCUGCGCGAACGCCACGUCGUCUCCCGGCGCGGCGCCGCGCGUGGUCGGCGUGGCCGUGGCGGGCAAGAACAUCUCCGGGUACAUCCCCUCGGAGCUGGGGUCCCUGCUCUUCCUCCGCCGGCUCAACCUCCACGGGAACCGCCUCGCUGGGGCCAUCCCCGCCGCGCUCUCCAACGCGUCCUCGCUCCACUCCCUGUACCUCUACGGGAACCGGCUCACCGGCGGGCUCCCCGUCGCGCUCUGCGACCUCCCGCGGCUGCAGAACCUCGACGUGUCCGGGAACGCGCUCUCCGGGGAGCUGCCCCUCGACCUCCGCAACUGCCGGAGCCUGCAGCGCCUCGUGCUCGCCAGGAACGCCUUCUCCGGCGAGGUGCCCGCGGGCAUCUGGCCCGAGAUGGCCAUCCUGCAGCAGCUCGAUCUCUCCUCCAACGCGUUCAACGGCUCCAUCCCGCCCGAUCUCGGCGAGCUCCCGAGGCUCGCCGGAACGCUCAACCUCUCGCACAACCGGUUCUCCGGCGUCGUGCCGCCGGAGCUCGGCCGCCUCCCUGCCACCGUCACGCUCGACCUCCGCUUCAACAAUCUGUCCGGCGCCAUACCGCAGACAGGCUCCCUCGCCAGCCAGGGCCCCACAGCGUUCCUCAACAACCCCAGCCUCUGCGGCUUCCCGCUCCAGGUCCCCUGCCGCGCCGUCCCGCCGCCGACGCAGUCGCCGGAGUCGCCCACGACGACCAGUCAAUCAUCAGCCUCCGGUACGUCGUCGGACCGGCACCAGCGCAUCAGAACAGGCCUGAUCGCGCUCAUCUCCGUCGCCGACGCCGCCGGCGUCGCCCUCGUCGGCGUCAUCGUGGUGUACAUAUACUGGAAGGUUAAGGACCGGAGGGAAGGCUGCCGCCGCGGCCAUGACGAUUCCGACGGGGACAGCUCCAAGGACGGACUCUGCCGCUGUAUGCUGUGGGGCCGCGGCGGCACGGACGACUCGGGCGCGUCAUCGGACAACGACGAGGAAGCCGCCGCCGGCGACGGCAAGUACAACAGCGGCGGCGCCAGCGAGGGGGAGCUGGUGGCGAUCGACCGCGGGUUCCGCGUGGAGCUGGACGAGCUGCUGCGUUCCUCGGCGUACGUGCUGGGGAAGGGCGGGAAGGGGAUCGUGUACAAGGUGGUGGUGGCCAACGGGACGACGCCGGUGGCGGUGCGGCGUCUUGGCGGCGGCGGCGGUGGCGCGGACCGGUGCAAGGAGUUCGCGGCGGAGGCGCGCGCGGUGGGGCGGGCGCGGCACCCCAACGUGGUGCGGCUGCGCGCGUACUACUGGUCCCCCGACGAGAAGCUCGUCGUCACCGACUUCGUCGGCCACGGCAACCUUGCCACCGCGCUGCGCGGUCGGCCGGGUCAACAAGUCCUUUCGUGGUCAGCGCGGCUGAAGAUCGCCAAGGGUGCGGCGCACGGGCUGGCGUACCUCCAUGAGUACAGCCCGCGGCGGUUCGUCCACGGCGAGGUCAAGCCCUCCAACAUCCUCCUCGACACCAACUUCACCCCGCGCGUCGCCGACUUCGGCCUUGCCCGCCUGCUCGCCAUCACCGGCUGCUCCUCCGACGGACCACCGUCCUCGGGCGGCCUCCUCGGUGGCACCAUCCCCUACACCAAGUCAGCGUCGACAGGGCCAGCUCAGGACCGAGGCAGUGGCGGGUACAGUGCGCCGGAGUCUCGGACGCCGGGUGCUCGGCCGACGCAGAAGUGGGACGUGUUCUCCUUUGGGGUGGUGCUGCUGGAGCUGCUGACGGGGCGGGGGGUCGGUGCCGACCACGCGUCGCCGUCGACGUCGGCGUCGUUCUCGGCGCCGGUGUCGGGCUCGACGGCGACUGACCGAUCCGGGAGCAGCGAGCAUGGGGCGGUGCCGGAGGUGGUGCGGUGGGUGCGGCGCGGGUUCGAGGAGGAAGCGAGGCCGGUGGCGGAGAUGGUGGACCCGGCUCUGCUGCGAGGACCCGGGGCGCAGCCGCUGCCCAAGAAGGAGGUGGUGGCGGCGUUCCACGUCGCGCUGGCGUGCACGGAGGUUGAUUCCGAGCUGCGGCCCAGGAUGAAGGUCGUCGCCGACAGCCUCGACAAGAUCGGCUCCUGAUAAACCCAUGCAUGCAUGAAUCUUCUUUAUUGCACACGACUGCACAAGUGGUGGAUGCUCACACAAGCUCAUCAGAUUUCCUCUAAUUUCCCUUUUUUCCCCUUUUCCUUGUAAUUCAGUUCUUCAAUUUUCUUUGCUUAGCUCUUUUGUAAUUGGGCCUUUUGUAUUUAUUGUCUAUUCUUUUGGGUGCGAUUAAUGAUUUUCGUAAUGGUAUAGAUAGAGAUAUGUAGGAGAAGGGUAUUUCCGGCUCUAUUUUCAGUAGAUUAUGAGAAUGUGCAUCUUGUGGUGCUGUGCUGUGUUCACUAAUUACGUGCAGGGGGGUGUAG